AUGUCACCUGAUGGAUGUAACUGUUCAUCGAUCGGAGCGGAGAGUAACGUAUGCGACAUCCGAACCGGGCAGUGUCGGUGUAAACAGCAUGUGUCGGGCAGAGCUUGCGACACUUGUGAGGAGGGUUAUUGGGGCCUUCAACUUGGCGGCUGCCGGCGCUGCGCAUGCGGCUCAGGAGCGUCGGCCUGCGACCCAGUGACGGGUGCGUGUGCUUGCGCAGAGGGGGUCGGGGGUGCGCAAUGUGACACGUGCCUCCCAGGUUACUAUGGCUUCGGACCUGCUGGGUGCUUGCCAUGUCCAGUGUGCACAGACGGCAAGGUAUGCUCCCCACACAGCGGUCGCUGCGUCUGUCCUGGAGGCUCUAUGGGCGCAGGGUGUCGGCAGUGCGCCAAAGGGUACUGGGCAAUGGGUACCACCUGCCGACCCUGUAGUUGCGGACCUGGUGCUGUCUCUAACACAUGCGAUGUCCACACCGGCCAGUGCAAAUGCAAAGCUGGCUGGGAAGGAGCCACUUGCAACCAAUGCUCCCGAGGAUACUACGGGCCGAAGUGUCUGCGCUGUCAAUGCCACGUUCCAGGAACUAUAGGAUGCGUAGAUGGCGUGUGUGAAUGUGAUCACUGGGGACGGUGUCCUUGUAAGGACAAUGUAGUAGGGGUACAAUGUGAUGCAUGUCUCGAAGGUACCUUCGGCCUGUCAGCUGACAACCCCUCGGGGUGUACAGCGUGUUUUUGCUUUGGCCGGGUAUCGAAGUGUUCGCAAGCAACCCUCGCCAGAGCUGCAGUUCAUGCCGCUGCUCCGUUACACAUCACUUUACAGAGGGCGAACCAUCAUGUUAUUACAACUAUGGACCAAGACUCACUCCUGGCCAUUCAUACUCACUCUUCAGACGCCACGAUCUCUUUACCAUGGCCGCCAGUGCCUGUUUACGUGGAGUUAGACAAGCGGUUCGUGGGCGACCGUGUGACAUCCUACGGAGGAUCAUUAAGGUUUAGGGUAGAAGAAGAAGGUGGUACGGAGCUCAGCAGAGAAGUUUUAGCCAAGUUCCCUUUAGUGAGGCUUUAUACCAAGAGUAUUGUGUUGGAAUUUUUUGAGCGCAUUCCGAUAAUCAACGGUACCCACAGCGUCCGUUUUCAUGAGUCACUGUGGAUGGUUCGGGGUCGCGGGGUGGCUUCCCGUUCAGCGCUUAUGUUGGCGUUGCGGCGGCUGGACAAGAUCCUCAUCAGAGUUACAACGAGAGCCCCGACACAUCAGGAGCAUGUGCAUGCAUUGUAA